UAUCACCACAGGUUGAUUAGGAUUAAAAUCCAUCUUCUACAUAAUUGCGAGGGAACUAUUCUUAAAAAUUAUGUUUUCGACGGGAAAAAUGUUACGGUUAGCGUUUUUCAAACAGUUCUCUAUGACAGGAAGGAUUUCGAAAGGUAUAAAGCCGGUGUCUUUUCGGACGUUUUGGAACAUGUGUCGCACGGAAAACAAUAUGCCGUAUCCCAAUUAUUAUCAAAAUUUAUUAAAGCCUGUGAGCGGGAACUUGUAGAGUUUCUAGCCGAAGAAAUUGUUGCUGAGAAAAAAGUGCAAAAGAAAGAGACACUACCGAAAGAAAUUGGCGGAUUCCAAAUUAAACUGAACGGAGCGGAUAUAGAAAUGGAAAAAAUAACCGCUAGAGAGAAGAUUCUUAUUUCUUUCAACAUUAAUCAUACGGUUGAUGCAGAAGAUGAAGCCGAGAUUACUGCAUCAGGAGAUAAACCAGAAUUUGCUGAAAUGAAAAGUAAACCGCAAUUCGAAGUUGAUAUUGUAAAAGGUACUCAGACGCUUAGUUUUACCUGUUCAUUCCUUCGAGGGGAGGUUCAGGAAGGCGAAUACAAUGAUGUGUUCGGAAUUGAUGAAAUUACGUUAUUCGAGGGAGAAUGGAGUGAUAAAACUUAUGCCGUAGCAGGGGACGUAUUGGAUGGGUACCUUUAUGAUCUGUUGAUGAACCUUCUAGAGGAAAAAGGCAUUAGUAACGAGUUUGUUGAAAAGUUGUCGAACUUUAGCACUUAUUAUGAACAUUCUUCAUAUAUUGAGCUGUUGGAAGGUAUUUCCAAAUUUACUAUUAGUGAGAACAAAUAGGCUAUUAUAAUACAGUAGUGUCGAUAAUAAACAUGUUUUAAUUUACUCAA